AUGGCAACAUUGACCGUAUCAUUGAGACAACAACAGGGACAACAACCUUUGUCCCCUUCGUCAUCGCCGAUGCAUGUAGAGCCGGUAACCAACGACAUUAUCAGUUUAACUCAAAAAUUCAACAAGAUGAGGCCACCAACUUUUCUGGGUGGUAUUGAACCACUAAAGGUUGAGACGUGGAUGCUAGAAAUAGAGAAAUUAUUUGAAGUGUUCACCUGCUCUGAAACCCAAAAAGUUUUGUUAGCAACUUACACUUUGAAAGAGGAUGCUCGUCAUUGGUGGAUGCUUAUACGAAAUGACAGUGGGACUAUGACAUGGAGCCAAUUCAGAGAUGUCUUCUAUGAGAAGUACUUCCCUCAGUGCUUUAGAGAUCGAAGAGUGGCAGAAUUCGAACAAUUGAAACAAGGCAACCUUUCGGUAGCAGAAUACGAAGCCAAAUUUACUGAGUUGGCCCGGUUUGCUCCACACAUGGUAGACUCAAACUACAAGCAAGCUCAAAAAUUUGAGGGAGGCCUAAACCUGGAUGUAUUUGAUCGGAUUAGUGUGCUAAAGUUGCCUAAGUUAAAAGAUUGUCCACUCAUAGUUGAAAAUGCCAACCGUCCUAUAGCAAGUUCAGUCGGAUCUACUUCUGUAUCGAGAUCAAAUGUGAGAACCAAUGCCGGGAAAGAAACCCUAAGGCAAGGUCGAGUUUUUGCACUUGUACCGGGGGAUGUCCAAAACACUGAAUCUGUAGUGUCAGUUCCACCUCCGUAUAUGAUUUCUGCUAUGAAAGCCAUCAGAUUGCUUAAAAAGGGAUGUAGAGGUUAUUUGUGCAGUGUUUUAAAUGUGACUUCUGAUAGUCAUAGUGUGGAAACUAUUCUUGUAGUCUGUGAAUUCCCUGAUGUCUUCCCAAAUGAACUACCCAGAGAUCUAAUUGAUAGGGAAAUUGAGUUUACUAUUAAUGUAGUACUUGAAACCCAGCCAAUUUCUGAAACCCCUUAUAGAAUGUCAACUUCUGAACUAAAAAAAUUGAAAAUUUAG